AUGGGUCUGGGCCUGACUGCUAAACCAUUAAUAGGAUUCACAGGAAACCAAGGGAAAAUCUCAAUACCGCAGUCAGAGAAUCCAAAUGAGCUGCGAACGUUUACGUUCUACCUGUCCAAUGUGGGGAAGGACAAUCCCCAGGGCAGCUUCGACUGCAUACAGCAGUAUAUUACAAGCGAGGGGAGCAUACAGCUGGACUGCCUGGGAGGGAUCCAGGACAAAAUCACCGUGUGCGCCACGGACGACUCCUACCAGAAAGCCAGGCAAAGCAUGGCUCAGGCCGAGGAGGAAACCCGCAGCCGUGGAGCCAUCGUCAUCAAGCCCGGCGGGAGAUACGUGGGGAAGCGUGUACAGAUCCGGAAGCCGAUAACGGUUGUGUCGGAUGUGGCUCCGUCUCGACGGACCUCACGGCCGGUCAUCAUCUCCAGCAGUCAGAAGAAGAGCCCGCCGCGGCCCCUGAGGGAGCGGCUGGUGCAUUUACUGGCCCUAAAACCCUACCGCAAACCCGAACUCCUGGUGCGGCUCACCAAGGACGGCCUGUCUCCUCAGGACAAGGAGACGCUGGACAGCCUCCUGCAACAGGUGGCUAACCUGAAUAGUAAGGACAGCACCUUCACAUUGAAGGAUUGUUUGUUUAAGGAAGUCCAGAAGGACUGGCCUGGUUAUACCGAGGUGGACCAGCAGAUCCUGAAGAGAAUUCUUGUACGAAAACUGUGUAAGCCUCAGAGCAGUGGCCCUGUGUCUGGGGAGAGUCCGGUCAGCCCACACAAAGAGCCGGCCAGCAGCUCGCCCUCUCAGAAACGACCUGCAGAGUUCAUCGAUCCCCUGGCCAAUAAGAAACCCAGAAUAUCGCACCUAGCCAGCAAGUCUACAGGGCUCAUUAACGGCAAACUGAGCUCGUCCAAUGUGAAUGACUCCUCUAGCUCUCAAUCAGCCGAGACGUCGUCGAGCUCCAGCUUCCCUCCGUUGGAGAUCUCCCGACCCUUUGACCCCCUUUCGGACGUCAGCAAUGACUCCAACGGCCGAGACUGUGAUAGUCAGGAGGCGGCGGUGGCCGAGAGACUGAGUCAGCCCCCAUCGUUCGCCCCUCGCUCCACAACGCAAGAGGAAGUGCUGAGCUCCAUGUCCCCGGCCCACAGUAGUCUGGACGUCUCUCAGACCCAGAGCACUCAACCCUCCCUGCAUGGCAAGUCUAAGAAGAAGUCCAAAAAACACAAGGACAAAGACAAGUCCAAGGAGAAGGAUAGGGGCCGAGAGCGGGACAUGAAGAAGGAGAGGAGAGUUGAUGAAGACCGUGGCUUGGACCAGAGGAAACCCUGUGACAUCACGACGAGCGAUAGGAGCCCAGGUCUGAACGGAACGUGCAACAGCUCCAGUAUCCCUGCGUCAUCGUCUGAGACGGCAGACUAUUUAUUAAAGUACACGGUGAUAAGCUCUCAAGAGCAACGUCAGAGUUACAAAAACGACUUCAACGCAGAGUACAGCGAGUACCGGGGCCUCCACUCACGGAUCGAGAGCAUCACCCGACAGUUCACUAUACUCGACACCCAGCUCAAACAACUCCAGCAAGGCACAGACAAGUAUAAGACAAUCCACAAUCAGAUACUUGAAGAGUAUCGCAAAAUCAAAAAGGCUAAUCCAAACUAUAGCCAAGAGAAGAACCGCUGUGAAUACCUACACAACAAACUGGCACACAUAAAAAAACUGAUAGCAGAAUAUGAUCAACAGCAACUGCAAAACUGCCACUAAUAACAAGAUUGGUUUUCUCAAUUUUUUUUUUCUCCUUAAUCUUUGUCUCGAAAUCUCUGGAUUUUUUUUUUUUUUUUUUUUUGGCUUGCUCU